AGUCCGAUCGUAUUUAUCGAUAUUUUCAGUUUCUUCUUACCCGAGGAUGAGUGUCCAUAUGCAUGUAAGAAGUGCCAUCGUGGUUUUUACACAAUAAAAGAAUUGGCUGAACAUGAGAUUCGAGCCCAUGACAUGAAGAUACCCUGUGCACACUGUGAUAAGUACGCCAUUUCGGUCACCAAACUUGCGGCUCAUAUGCUGUUUCGACAUGCAUCGAGUGGAUGUUGUAUGACUAUUAUUGUUGACGAGAAAAUUGGGCGGCGUGGGCAAAGUCGUCAUCUUUUUCAGGAUCUAACUUUGUGCAAGAAGUCGUUGAAAUUCUCUCCCCUCCAGUCAAUCAGCCUCGGAUUUCAUACUGAAACGGUUUCUUUCAGGAAUUUUCCAAAUUGUCCCGGUGCUAAAUGUAUCUAUUCUCAUGGCAUGUGUCGAUAUGAUAUCACCUGCAACAAAUCCAGCUGUCCAUUUGAUCAUACGAAUCGACCACGUGUAUGCAUGACUUGUCUCAACGAUUUAAGGGUAAGUCUACAUCAGUUAGGGCACGUUUUGGGGUCUGUUACAGUGAAACUACCACUUUUUUGA